AUUCAUUUUAAAAAAAUAAAAAAAACGAAAAAGGAACAAAAAAAUAAAAAAAAACGAAAAAGGAAUAAAAAAUUACAAUUUUAAGGGCAUUACUGCCAUUAUGAAAAAAAUUAGUCUAAUGGGACAUAAAGUAGUAUAGAUUAGUAUAAAGAGACAUAGUUACCAUUUUUUUGCUCUAAAAAAACAAUUUUCCGAAUUAUAAAUUAGUGUUGCAAUUUUUCUAAGUAAUUAUAUUUCAGAAUUUUUAAAAUUAAAGUCACAAGACAUGUUUUUGUAAAAAUACUUUCAAAAGAUUAAUAUUACAUAUGUAUUAUAUUUCUUGAUGUAUAUUGGCAGCUACUUCUAUUUUUUGUUCUACAAUUGAUUAUUGAUUAAAAAGUUUUUCCAUUAAAACCAUCUCCAAUGGUUAGAAUCCAUCAUGGGUUCUAAUAUUUAAUUUAAUUGUAAAUUUUGUAAUUUGUGAAGUUUAGAAUCCAUUGUAAUUUAUCAUGUCCAAUGGUAAAAUUUUUUUGAAAUUUUUAAGAGAGAAAUAAACAACAAAAAAAGAAAAAAAGCAAAGGAGAGAGAGACACACAAAUUGAACCAAUAAGAAAAUAACACUUUAAAGGUUUUUGUUAAUUCUAAAAACUCUAUUUUAAAAUCCCGUCAUUAGCUUUUUGUUUCUUUUUUAUUUAUUUUUUGGAGGAGUUUUUACAUAACCUCUCCUUUUUUUUUUGUAAUACAAAAAACCUAUAUUCUUUGCUCUAAAAAAUGAAUAUCCUUAGUAAAAAAAAUGAAUGUCUUUAUAAGAUUUUUCCCAUUUAAAAUAAUAAAUCGCAUUCCUUCUAUAAAUACACUCAUAUCUGCACUACUUUCUAAUCAUUAAACUCUGUUACAAACCAAACAAAGAAUAAGCAAAACCGACAAGAAGAAGAUGGUGAAACUGGAGAACAUGAAGAACAUCUCCUUGUCAGAUUCCGUCAUCAAUCUGGAUCAUGGAGAUCCAACGGCGUAUGAAGAAUACUGGAGGAAGAUUGGUGACAGGUGUACGGUGACGAUACGUGGUUGUGAUUUGAUGAGUUACUUCAGCGACGUGAACAACAUGUGCUGGUUCCUUGAGCCGGAGCUUGCGGAAGCCAUCAAGGAGUUGCAUGAUGCGGUCGGAAACGCAGCGACGGAGGAUAGAUACAUCGUGGUUGGGACCGGUUCGACCCAGCUUUGUCAAGCGGCCGUCCAUGCACUAUCUUCACUCGCUGGGACCCAACCUGUUAGUGUCGUCGCCGCCGCACCUUAUUACUCCACGUAUGUGGAGGAGACAACGUAUGUUCGGUCGGGUAUGUAUAAGUGGGAAGGAGACGCGUGGGGUUUCGACAAGAAAGGUCCUUACAUCGAGCUGGUGACGUCACCCAAUAACCCAGACGGCACCCUCAGAGAGACGGUGGUGAACCGUCCAGAUGACGACGAAAGCAAAGUGAUCCAUGACUUUGCCUAUUACUGGCCACACUACACUCCCAUCACUCGCCGUCAAGACCAUGAUAUCAUGCUCUUCACUUUCUCCAAGAUCACAGGCCACGCUGGGUCCCGCAUCGGGUGGGCAUUAGUGAAGGACAAGAAGGUGGCAAAGAAGAUGGUUGAGUACAUAAUAGUGAACUCCAUUGGUGUGUCUAAGGAGUCACAGAUUCGAACCGCUAAGAUUCUCAAAGUUCUUAAAGAGACAUGCAAGAGCGAAGCCGAGAACUUCUUCGAGUAUGGUCAUGAGAUGAUGAAAAACCGUUGGGAGAAGCUUCGUGGAGUGGUGAAGGAAAGCGAUGUCUUCUCUCUUCCUAAGUACCCUGAAGCCUAUUGCUACUUUUUUGGCAAAACACUCGGAUCUUAUCCUGCGUUUGCGUGGCUGGGGACGAAAGAAGAGACGGAUCUGGUUAACGAAUUGAGGAGACAUAAGGUUAUGAGCAGAGCAGGUGAACGUUGUGGUUCUGACAAGAAGCAUGUCAGAGUCAGUAUGCUUAGUCGUGAAGAUGUUUUCAAUGUGUUUCUCGAGAGGCUUGCAAACAUGAAGCUCAUUAAAAGCAUUGACCUAUAAAAAGCUUCCAUUAUAGUUAAUGGUUACUAGUAGUUUUUAGCUUAUCCUAGAUGAAUUGUCAAAUCAAACCAAUUUAUAAUUUUAUACCAUAACUCAUAUAUCUAA